CUGGGUCGUUUCCGCCGCGUCACAUCGUGACUCGUGCGACGUACUGCGACGUUCGCGCACGCAUUUUCGCUUUGUGCUCCUGACGAUGCCUCGCGCGGCGUGAUUCUCUCGUCCGAGUUCACCUCGCGUAAGACACCGGACGAGCGUCUUGCAGAUUAGGUUCGACUCUCUGCUGAGCGAGAAUGGAAUCUAUGGAUGCGCGUCUCGUGGCGCAAGCGUUGAACUACCAUGGUCAGCAGUUCCAGAAAGUGUGGGAGGGAGAGCGCAACGAAAACGAGCUAGCCAUGCUCAAUCUCAAGGAUCCUAGCUUUGAGAUCUAUCAGCAGCGGCAAAAGACUCUCAGGUUUGAAGAUAGAGGCAAGCGUCUGAAGCUCCAACAGUUUAUCACGAAAAAAGCUGACGACCUGUAUGAUAAAGCAAACUUGGAGAAAUCGACGGAUUUUGAUAAGCAGGACAGGGACGACGAAGAGUUUUAUGCUACGGUGCCAGCACUUGAUACUUUUGUCACCAUGGAGAAGUCGCAGCGCAUCCGUAAUUUUUUGGAGAGUUUAGUAGUUGGGGACGUAAUUUUCGCGCAAGUAAUGGGUAAAAGUGCCGCAGGUCUCCUUCUGAAGGUGCUUUGCAACUGCAGUGACUGUCCCAGAGUUGUUACUGAAUUAGGAGUUAAGGCACUAAUACUAAAUACGGCCACUGUGCCGGCGGUGGACAAGAAGGGUGUUACAAGAGGCUACAUGGCAAAUGAUCUCGUCUGCGUCGUAGUCAGUGAAGUUAACGUUGAGGCCGAACGAGUUGUUGCAGUUAUGAACGUACCUGCCCGGGAAGGGCAAGCGCCACACCCAUCUAUGGGACUUAUCCAUUCCGAUGAGCUUCCAGAAGCCUACAAGAAAGCGAUCGACAACAAAGGUCAGAGUUAUGAAGCGCUGUUGGAGAAUAGUACUGGCUUCAACAAUCCAAACAACAUAAAAUAUCUGUGCGACUUAAUCGGUCUUGGACAAGAGAAUCAUUCCAAUAUGGUUGGAUUGAGGGAGAGAUUUCCGCCAAAUGAAUAUGCAACUGAAUUGCGACAAACACAAGCGAGCAAGUGGGCAUUCCGAAGUGUCGCUGAGGGUAUAGAUCAUUUCAAGGCUGGUCGUCAUUCCGAAGCUUUUCAGUGCCUCAACAAAGCGCUCACGGUUGAUCCUCGCAACGUCGAGGGCUUGGUCGCUCGAGGAGCAUUAUAUGCAAAUAGCGGAAGCUUCAGGAAGGCUAUUGACGACUUUGAGACAGCCUUGAAAUUAAAUCAAACGCAUACGAAUGCUCGCAAGUAUAUGGCAGAAACAUUGGUUGCGCUCGGACGCAGUUACGAAGACGAGAAGAAAUACGACGAUGCCCAGAAAGCAUACGAGAACUGCUUGGCCAUUGCACCGUACCACGAGGAAGCGCGAAAUUCCAUUGAAUACAUAAAAUCAAAGACUCUCACAGCGUCACUGAAUCCUUUGGAUACCUUUAAGAACUUUGAAGCCGAGAAUGUCGCUGCAGAAAAUAAAAAAGAUAAAAAGAAACGCAAAAAGGAGAGGAAAUCUAGAUCCAAGAAGAGACAAAGAUGGAGCUCCAGCUCGAGUUCUUCAUCCACUGGAUCUUCGACCUCUUCGAGCUCAGACUCUAGCAGCUCGUCGUCAUCGGGAAGUUCACGAUCAGCAUCCCGUUCGCCAAACCGUAAACGCAAACAUAAGAAAGAUCAUCGCAGUUCGCUUUCACCACUUAGCAAACGGAUGGCUCAGUAUAACAAUCCACCCGCUGCAACCGCCACCACUCACGAUACUAUCGCACCAGCCUCUUACACCGCAAAUGCACGCGAGAAAGUGGACGACUAUGAAAGCAAAGUACGCAAGUUUCUUGAACAGACCAAGGACGAUUCUGAUUACGAAGAUAAGGUAAGGAAGUUCUUGGAUGAGACAAAAAGAUGGAAGAAAGAAAGAGAAAAGGAAAAGAAACAUUCUGAGAGUGAAAAGAUGAAGAAAAAGAAGAAGGAAAAGAAGGGAAAAGAUAAGGAAAAGGAGGACAAGAAGAGUCGGAAGAAGAAGAAGAAGGAAGAACGCAAAAAGCGUAAAAACAAGGACAAGCUCGAACGAGAUUUAGAAGCGUUGAAAAAGUCGUCUUUGCCGGACUUGGAACAAUUAGAGUCCAAGCUUAAUGCAUAUUAUGCGAAAGUUGAGAAAGACUGUGCGGCGCUCAAAAGGUAUGUAGCACAGUAUAAUGACAUACCUUCCCCUCUUAGCAACGCGGAGAAGCUCGCCGAAAGUUCACGGAGGGAAGAAGAGCUGCGCAGAGAGAGGGAGAGAGACGAAGCUUCGAAGGCAUAUCACGAGCGGGAAUCCAGGAUGCCAAUGACUGCGCAACAGAGAAAAGAAAUCCAGAGGAAACCACUAACGGACAUAUUUGAGCAAGAAUCCCAAUUGAUCCAUCCCGAACCGAAACUCCCUACACUGGACACCGCUGCGUUAAAUGCAAAGUGGAAAGCUGCGCAAGCUGCUAGCCGUGAAUUCACAUUCGCGCAUGGUUCCAGACAAAAGGACGUACCUUCGCAAAAGUGGCAAGACGUCGCGCCGGAGACUAAGAAGGUACAAUCUAAUGUCUUCGUGGACAGCGACGAGGACGAUGACAAUGAGCUGGAGGAGAGAUUGCAACGUGCGGCUCUUGAAAAGUCUUUGAACAUACGGAAGCAAAUGCAGCGCGAGCUUGCCGAGAAGAGAGCAGCACCGCCACAACCUACACCGACACCGCCGCCGCCACUGCCGAAAGAGCCCCCGAUACCAAAGCAAGCGCCCGUCAAGUAUCCUACGCCGCAACCGCAGAACAAGUUCCAGUCGUACAAGGAUACCGCUAUGUCUGUGUCACAGUCUACACCGGCCAAGUUUGGCUCCAACAACAAUCUGGGCGGCAAGUUUCAACCGAUCGGUCAGAAUAGCGGAGCGGGACAUCCGCCGGAGCCACCGCGUCCUCCACCAACGGCGAAGAACCAGUCUCAAGCCAAAGGUCCGAGAACCGAUUCGGAUAGUGAAAACGAACGUGGCCAUCGACAAAGUCCUAAGAAACGCGACUCGAGCAGGGGCGGCAUGAAUAAGCGCAUGAGCAGGGAUCGCCCGGCGAAACGUUCACGCAGUCGAUCUCGAAGUGCCUCCAGUUCCGGAUCGUCUAGGUCUCGGUCGCCGAGACGAAGCCGCUCGCGCUCAUAUUCGAAUCGGCGCUCCGGCAGUUACGAGAGGAAGUACAGUAGGUCUCCUUCGGGUACGUACAGCAGAUCGCGAUCACGCUCAAGAUCGAGGUCGUACACCAGAAGUCGUAGUCGUAGUAGGUCUGGCGACCGGGGUUACUAUCGCAAGAGGCAAUUUCGACCAUACAAUAAUCGCGGCACGUACUACAAGCCACGCUUCCAAGGCUUUAACAAUCCGAAUCAUCGUGGCGGCGGCAACAAUUUCCAGAAUCGCAACCGCUUCUACAACAAUCAGCAUAACAAUCGUUUCGGCAAUCGUCGUGGCGGUGGUUUCAACAAUCGUGGCGGUCGUGGCAACCGCGGUAAUCGUGGCGGCAGGUUCUUUCACGGCAAACAAGGCUUUCGUGAUUUCCGCGACAGGCGGGACUUCAGGGACCGCCGUGCCUCGCGCGAUCGAUACAGCGAUCGCAGCUACUCGCCCGAUCCGAUGAGGAAGGUUGACGAAGCGAAAGAGAAGAUCAACAAGAUGCUCGAGGGAGGCGACGACGGCGAUCAUCAACAGGGUGAAAGCGGUAGCACGACCGUACCGCCUAAUAAGAGACAAGCCGGGCCCUUGAGCGAAGGAGAAGAGAGAGACGACGACGACUAUGAGAGGUGGGGAGAGGGAGAGGGGGGCGACGCAGCCAGCACUAAGAAUGAAGGGGUCAGACCUGUCGACGAUAACCUGGAUGGAAAGGAAUACUUCAUUGAGCGCAUGAAACAGCGAAGCAAGACCGUUUUAAUCCAGAGAGCCAUUGCUGCUAAAAUUUGGUAGUUACGAUCUGUUACCACCACCGUCGCUGCUUCUCUGUGAUAUAGUCGCCUUCCUUCCGUCGCCCGUGCUCUGAGUAGUCGACCGAUUGGCACGAGGCACGUCGAGACACCUUCGUAGCCUUUCAGUGCCGAUCUCUUCUAUUGUGUCACAAGUCGUAACUAUUUGCAACGGUCAAAAUUAUCAUUUUUUAGACCUUAUCUUAAUUUUGUUUUCAAGUUAAAAUUAAUAUGAUUUAAAUGUGAGUCGAAUUAAUCUAAAUGAGUACGCAAACUCUACGUACACAAAUGUCUACUACAAUGAUUUGCUUGUCAAGUUUAACGGACGCUUCGAGAAAUAAUUCUUGAGAAUGUUUUGAGUGAAAAAAAAAACUUGUGUCAAUAUAAGUCAUAAAUAUUUAGUUUAAAUGUUUAGUUAGUUAAUAUUAAUGUAUUCAUAUUUACUCUACAUGGUACGAUAGCAAUAUUGUUCUUAGUUCAUUAAUACGCAUUAAGUAUUCGAUUAUAAGAGGCUGCACAAUGUACGAUGUGUGGCAAGUGGCUUUUCAUUAUCAUUCGUUGUCGGAAACGAAUGUUCACCCUCUUCUUUUUCGUUCUUUCCGAUAGUGUACAUUUUUGUAUAUUGGAGAAACAUUCGGAACUAGGCAGGCAAAAUUGUUCAAGGGAGGGAAGUGCAUGAAUUUCUGUUAAAAGAAAACAAAACUCCGGUGAGAUCUAAGCAGGUCAUCGCUUGCAUAUUCGAAUGCCUAACAGCAGAACACUUUCAUUGUAUUUGAUCAUUGUAAUAAUUAUACUUAAAUAUAAUUAAAAUAAUCCUGGUAACAACUAAAGACAAGACACUAGCGACGUAAGCUCCUCUAGCUCGAACAUCUUGGUAGAACGAAUCGCUAAGCUCCGCAGUACAGUUGUUUACUUUGAUCUGAUGCUACGGUUUUCUUAUGGAAUAAGAUAUUGUAUGUUGUACGUAAACGAGUUGGCUGUACAAUUGAAAGUCCCACAAAUAUAUAACACUGCAAGAAAAAAAAA